AUGCAUUGGGAUCCGAAUGAAUACGGUAACAUAACUAACAUACAACUGCCUCAUGAUUUUCUCUGGAAACCCGACAUUUUGCUGUUCAACAGUGCUGAUGAGCAUUUCGAUGCAUCAUUCCCUGUGAACUUCGUUGUGUCGUCAAAUGGCAAUGUUCUUCUUGCGCCACCUGGUAUCGUCAAAGUCUCCUGCGAAUUGUCAAUGACGUGGUUCCCUUUCGACGAGCAAAUGUGUUUCAUCAAGGCGGCACCACCUGCCACUACGCCAUCUCUGCGCACUUCACUUCCUCUAUGA